UUCCGAACUUCACGAAGAUGGUCAAUCACAUGAUCCGGGUCGAGGCGGACCGCGCUGGAAUUGAGGCCAAGUAUACGCACUUCGGAAUUCUGUGGAACAACAUAACGGCUCCGCAUACGGACGGCAAAAAUUCCGGAUCGAGCCAAUUGAUCGCCGGCGGGGACUUCAGCGGUGGUCGCUUUGUGAAAUACAACCCGAGCGGGACCAUCAAGGGCGUGGCGCCGAAAGAGAUCACCUGGAAGGAUGUGGAGACUGGAAGUAAGCAUUUUGUGUAUGUCAGUGUCUAUGUUUUUCCUAUAGGAAUAGAUCGCCUUCUUAUGCCUAUUUUUUUGCAUGCAGUUUCAUUUAUGAGGCAGAGACUCUCACUCCACUUCUGAUUCGAAGUCGCAAGACGCAGGAGAGUGUUGAUCUGUUGAACUGACUCCAAGGUCCACCUUGCAUGAGAUUGGGUUGCUUUCUUUGUGAUGUGGAGACCCGAAUCACAUCGACAAAGCAACGCAUUACAUUUACAACAGAGAGCCGCACCGUCGAGAAAGGCGAAAUUUAUGGUGAGCCGGUAGAGGUCCGACACAGGAUGAUCCAAGAGAGCGGGCUGCCGCCGCACUGGACGGAAGAUUUCACGGGCGAAAGGAAGCUGUGCGUGUCCUGGGUGGACAAGUGCGCGAGGAUCGAGGAGGGUAGCGAGUGGGAACAGGAAUUGUCGGCCCUGGAGUUCAAGAACUUUGAUACAGUGCCACCCCGGGAAACAAAAGCAGACGAGGGAGAUGAAGAAGGGAACGAUGGCGCCGUGGUACAGAAGAAGCGCGCGACGUUGAAGCGCCGGGCCUUGGACAGCCUGAAGCCGAUGAAAAAAGCCAAGGCCGCGCCGAAGCUGAAGGCAAAGGGGAAAGCGCCAGCGCAGGCGGAUGCUGGUUUGUUUGAGGAUGUUGGGGAUGACGCUGAGAACGGGGGUGGUGGCGGCGGGGGCAAUGUAGAUUUAUUCGACGAGGAAGACAGCGGGCUGGAUUAAAGAGCAGUUGUGAGAACAAGAGUAGAUGUAGAGGCACACAAAGAAGGUCUCUCACUUCGUGAUCGUGCAAGCAAAGCAACAAAGGUAGCGCAUCCCCUCGUAAACAGCAUCGCUGGUAUUUAGUACACAUUCACUUCGAUUCAGAUUCUGUAGACCCUCGCAACGUAAGUCUCUUACUCCCAAAACGAACGCCGUGACCUAUUCCAUUAGUAUAAAGAGGUGAAAAAAUGAAGAUAUAUGAAAGAAAACUAGAAAACAAAAGACGUGCAAAAGAAGUUGGCGGAAUCACUGUAGUCGCUUCCGUGUUACACAGC